GUUGCGCGCCUCGCUGUGGCCUAGAAGUGUUCCCUCUGGACCAGACUGCGGUUUACAGCCACCAAGGAGAUGCUGAUGUGGAGGAGGCCUGUGGAUACCUUAUGGUGUUUGCAACCACCUUGGAAGUGGAGGACAAACUGCAUUUGGCUGACUUUUGCUAUGCUAUGUCUGACCAUGCUGACCUUAGUUUGCCUACAGUCAGGGCUACUGCUACAUUUGGGUCCCCGUGAGCCAGGAGUGCCCUCCAACUCCAUGAGAACAAACUUCCAGGGCAUCCAGACUUCCUCAGAAAGAAACAGAACUCUACAGUUCCUCUCCAUUGCUAGAUCUGUUAAGCAGAGAUUAGAAGUUACAACACAGUCUUUGGCAGAGGAUUCUUUCUUCUCCAGAACCAGGAAGUUCUGGCAACGCCUUGAGAAGGUGCUUGCUGGAUUCCUACAACUCAGAAGGAUGUCUCAUUUCAGCCGCCCAGCACAGCCCCUACCCUGGCCUGUAUGGCAGAAAGAGCUUUCAUCCCGAGUAUUGGGCCCUCGUCUCCAGCAAGUCUUCCAGAACUAUCAAGCAAUGAACAAGUAUCGGGUGCCCUCAGGUGCUGGGCAGCACUCAGGCAAUCCACACCCAACUGGGAUGGAGCUCUUGUGCCAGCUCAAAAGUCGUCUUAAUGUGUCCACUGUGUUAGGUGAGGAAGGACCCUUUGCAGAACCUGAAUGGAGGGGUAUGCUACCUCAGAGGAGUUUGGCAGAAGAUCUGGGUCACCUGGCAACAUGUGCAGUUGUGAGCUCAGCUGGCUCCAUGUUGGGGUCAGGACUGGGCAAUGAGAUUGACUCCCAUGAUGCUGUCCUUCGUUUCAAUGGUGCCCCAACCACUGGCUACGAACAUGAUGUGGGCACCAAAACAACACUCCGCCUUGUGAAUUCCCAGCUGAUGGCUUCUCCAGAGCAGCAUUUUCUAGAUGGACAACUCUAUGCCCAGGGAACUCUGGUCGCAUGGGAUCCAGCCCCUUACCCAGGGGACCUAGAAGAGUGGUACAAGAGCCCUGAUUACCCCCUCUUUGAACCAUUCCGUACCUUGCGGGCCAACAGACCUUGGCAGCUGUUCCAUCUAUUGCAUCCACGUCUACAGUGGGAGCUCUGGGAGCUGGUGCAGGAAGGGGCAGAUGAGCAGGUGCAGCGCAACCCUCCUUCUUCAGGCCUGCUGGGGACAGUGCUAAUGAUGUCCUUGUGUGAACUUGUCCAUGUGUAUGAAUUCCUACCAUCCCAACGGCAAUCCCACCAGUGCCACUAUUACCAGGAUUUCUCUGAUGAUGCCUGCACACUGGGUGCUUAUCACCCACUGCUCUUUGAGAAGAACCUGGUGCGGCGCAUGAACCGUGGCACAGAGGCUGACUUGGCACAACGGGGCCGUGUGACUCUGCCAGGCUUCCGAGUCCUGAACUGUACCCAGAAGGAGUAAAAUCUUCAGCAGGUUCUGAAGCAAGGUGAGGCAAUCUGUUUUACAUGGCAACAGAGGGGAUCACAAAUACCAUCUAAAAGCAAGCAUACAUCUCUACAUGGUGUUGUCAGAUUGCUUAAGCUUGAGCUAUCGAUGUAGUGCAGUGUUUCUCAACCUCAGCAACUUUGAUAUGUGGAC